GUGGCCCUCGCCCCCGCCCUCCACGCCGCUAGCACCUCACGCUGCCGCCAGGAUGGAGCGCCGAGGACGACACGCUCCUGUACCCGCUGGUCGUGCAGAUGAAGGGCCCAGGAGAGCAAAACGUAGACGAAGGACCCUGGCACUUGGGAUGGAAGGAGUACCUGGCAUCGGGGCACCAAGUGGCACAUGCCAGCGUUCAGCUUUGGGGUGCUGAUCCUUCGACACGGGCAUCCACGCACACGCUGGCACAGUACCAAGCUAGGGUCAUUCAGAAAAUGAUGGAGCAGUUUGACUUCCUGGACCCGCAGAACGUCGCCGUGUGGGGGUGGGGGCCUGGGGCGUCUCUGGCACUCGACGCCGCGGCACUGGCACCCGAUCUGCUCAAGUGUGUUGCCGCUGUUAACCCGGUCGCCGACUGGCGGGCGCAUGGCUCCUUCUGGGCCGAGCGCCUCCUGGGCGCGGAGGACAGCGAGGGCGCCGGCCGCCGCUACGAGGACAGCGACCUGACCCGCCUCGCGCCUGACCUCGGGAGCAACCGCGUGCUUCUCGCUCACGGCACGCGGGAUCCUGCCGCCCACCACGCCUUCCUGCUGGCGCACUCCUUCAUCGCCGAGGGGUCCUACUUCACCCACGUGGUGUACACGGACGACGACUACAUGCUCGACCUCAACCGCUACCACCUCAUGAAUGCCUUCAAGUCGUUCUUCUUCAGCUGCCUUCAUGACCCUCUGGUGUACGAGCAGGAGAACCAGUGAGCGGCUCGCAGGCCCCGCGGCUGUUGUUUCACGAGCACUCGCGUUCUGUCGAGUAAUUACGGGUGAAGAGGAGCCUUUCAGUAGCAAUAAUCAUUGUUCCCUCCCUUUUAUCCACCUCCUUACCUCUUCCUCCUGAGCCUGAAGGAGGUAGGAUUCUCCUCGUCGCGCCCCGCGUCCUGCUGGGUCCUGGCCUGAUGAAUGAGUCAGUAAGAGCGCUGUCGAUGAGGUGUUUUUCUAUGGUUGUUGAUGAGGCGAGCCACGUGACGACAAUCCCUGCUGAGUGGUCGAGUGAGAGACGUUCGAGCCGCCAGAGCAGCAGCG